AUGAAAUCCAGCGGCGCUAGUACCAACGGAAGGCCUGCCUAUGGGCGACGCAACUUUGUCGACGUGAUCGACGAAACCGCAUUGAACGAACCAUUCCGACCUAUCCUUUCUAUUCCUCGCUCUUCGGACCCAAGGGAUGGAUGGGAGGAACUGAGUUUUGGGCAAUACGCCAACGCCAUUAACCGCUUUGCUCACUGGAUGGUCGAACAUGUCGGGCGUGCGAAAGACGGGGAGUACCCCACGGUCGCGUAUAUCGGCCCAAAUGAUGUACGAUACUUGGUUAUUUUGGCAGCAUCUAUCAAAGCCGGAUACAAGGCUCUGUUCAUCUCCCCACGGAACAACAUCGAGAGCCAGUUGUCUCUGUUUGAAGCAACUGAUUGCCAAUGGCUUUUAUACACACAAGAAUACGCGCAGGCCAUACAGUCCUGGCUGAGUGUCCGUCCGAUGAAAUCCAGCCUGGUCAGCGCCGUUAGUGAUAUACUUUCUGCGGAGAGCGCCCCGUCUUUCCCCUACCAGAAAUCAUUCGACGAGAUUCGCAGCAAGCCGGCUUUAGUUUUACACACAAGCGGAAGCACUGGAACUCCCAAACCGAUUGUCUGCUGUCAUGGUAUACUCUCUCUGGCCGAUGCAUAUCAUCAGCGACCGGAUUUUGCCGGAUACUCUCAUGUUCUGAAGGCAUUCUCGGGGAUGGCGGACAGGGUUUUGUGCGCAGCACCCCUGUGCCACGCCCUCGGGCUUUAUUUGUACAUCAGUCUUUCUAUCUUCUGGGGCACCCCGCUGCUACUACCAGUUGCAGACCAAGCAGUGACAUCAGAUGCUAUCUGCUCUUUCAUCCAGCACUCUGGUGCUGAUGCUGCCGUCGUGCCCCCCUCCAUUCUCGCAGAUAUGAGUCAGGAAGAGGCAGACAUCGAAUUACUCAAGAAGCUCUCAUUUGUGUCUUGUGGUGGAGGAAAUCUAGAGCCUAUGGCCGGUGAUCGGCUUGUCGAGGCAGGAGUAACACUCGCCAAUCUCAUUUCAACCACAGAAUAUGGAAUGUACCCGCUUUAUUUUCAACCGGACAUGAAGCUGUGGAGAUAUUUCGUUUUUGACGAUGAGACCUUUGGCUCCGAUUUCCGUCCGACCGGCGACAACAACUUUGAACAUGUCAUCAUUCGCCACAACAAAGAUCCUGGAAUGCAAGGCAUCUUCUACACUUUCCCCGAACUUGACGAAUACAACACCAAGGAUCUGUAUCGACCUCACCCAACUGCCCCUUAUCUUUGGCUCCACACCGGACGCGCAGAUGAUGUGAUCGUGUUUUCCAACGGCGAAAAGUUGAAUCCAGUGACCAUCGAAUGCACCGUUGGCGCUCAUCCAGCUCUUAAACGGGCAAUCGUGGUCGGCCAAGGAAAGUUCCAGGCUUGUAUUUUCCUUGAGCCGCUUGAAUUUCCCAAGGACGACACCGCAGCCCAGGCCCUUAUCGACACUGUGUGGCCUACUAUUAACCAGGUGAAUAAACAGACAGUAGCCCAUGGACAGAUUGCGCGACGUCUGGUUAGGCUUUCCGAUCCUGCUAAGCCUAUUCCUUCUUCUGCUAAGGGAUCUCUUCAGAGGGGAGCAUUCUUGAAGGUCUAUGAGGAUGAUAUCGAAGCUUUAUAUAAUGGAAACAACGGAGCCAGAUCAACGCGACUUUCUCUUGAGAGCGAAAAUACCCUUAUGGAAUCCCUUCGUGACAUAAUCGUAACGUUUGGAGUUGAGGACGUUGAGCCUGAUACAGACUUCUUUGCAGCUGGUAUCGAUUCACUCGGAAUCAUCAAUCUUGGAAAACUCCUUGGACAGGGACUCCGACACGCUAUGGUGCCUGAAGAUCGCUCUACGGUCACAACUCGAGCUAUUUACGGCAACUCAUCCCUACGAAAGCUCGCUCGGCAUCUCCUUGCCCAAGCUUCUCACGAUGCCACUGUUACCAAUGGCGUGGAUGGAGUGGAAGCAGCAAAGGAGGUCUUGGAAAAGUACAGUAUUGAGUCUGUCAAUAGCAGCAUUCCUGAAAAGCCAUCCCCUAGAGAUGAGGGACAGACAAUCAUCCUUACCGGUUCGACAGGUAGCCUCGGUUCAUAUCUCUUAGACCUACUGGAGAGUAGCAACUCUGUCUCAAAGGUCAUUUGCCUCAACCGAGGCGCUGACGGCGGUCGACAAAAACAAUUACAUUCCAACGAAGAGCGCGGCCUUCGAGUUAACUUUCUGAAAACGGAAUUCCUGCAAGCAGAUCUGUCACAACCAAAACUUGGACUGAGCCCUGCCAUUUACGAAUCUCUUUUGUCCUCGGUGGACCGCAUCAUCCACACCGCCUGGCCAGUCAACUUCAACCUGUCUGUCGAGUCUUUUGCGCCCAGUAUCUAUGGUGUUCGAAAUUUGGCAGAGUUCUCUUUCUGCGCUAGCAAGCAUUUGCCCAUCAUUUUCAUAUCAUCCAUCGGCUCUGUCGAUCGUUGGGCCGGUCCUGGGCCAGUUCCCGAGUCUAUUCUAACCGAUCUAAGCCUUGCUUCAACGGGAUAUGGCCAAUCUAAAUUUGUCGGUGAUUUGAUCCUGCAACAAGCAAAAGAGAAGCUUGAUGUUCCAACUGCAGUAAUUCGUGUCGGUCAGAUUUCUGGUCCUCGAAGCGCAAAGGGUACUUGGAAUAGACAUGAGUGGCUUCCUACUAUUAUUUCUUCAUCAGUGAUCUUGGGCCAGCUGCCUACUGAUCUCGGCGCAAAUCACACAGUCGACUGGGUUCCAGUGGAGGAUGUCGCAAAAGCAAUCCUGGAAAUUGCUGGGAUCUUAUCUCACCAACCACUGUUGGCGAUCUGUGGCCAUUUCCAUCUUGUCAAUCCAGCUCAUGCACAAUGGAAAGAUCUCGCCGAGGCAGUGAAGAGCUUCUAUGAGCAGCAAGGGCGCAAGCUUGAGUUUGUUGAUAUGGCCACUUGGGUCAAGAUGGUUGAAGCCAAUGCUGCAACCGGAACCGAAAUCCCGGCUGUGAAGCUUUUGGAUACUUACAAGGCGCUUGUGGCUAGAGAGACUCAUUUUGCAGGGUUCUCUACGACCAAGACAAGGGAAACAAGUAAGACACUGGACCAAAUGGGUCCUAUUAAUGCAGAUAUGAUGAAAGUGUGGUGCCAGCAAUGGGAGUUUUGA